AUGGAGAAGUAUGCACAGAUAUUCCGGUUGUUUGGAAACACAAUAAUAGUGGGGGAAACAGCUAAUCCAGCGCGUCCACCAUUGCUGCCACCCGAACUCAUGAAUGCCAUUCACUCAGCUGGUGGCCCCAAACCAAUGUUGUUGAUAAAGAAGAAUCUUGGAGCAUCCGAUGUCAACAAGGAUCUAAACCGACUUUCUGUUCCAAAAACCAUAGCCUUGAUGGAUUUCUUGACGGACAAAGAAAAAGGGAGUAUAGAGAAUGACGGAGGAAGGCAUGAUGUUACGGUUAUUGAUCCAAGGGGUUGUCACUUUGUCAUGGUUUUCAGCAGGUGGCAAAUCUUUCUUUUGGUCAGUAAGCAAUUGCAAACUUUUAAAAAUCUCAUUCUUACAAAACAUUGGAUAAAAUUGGUAGUCGAAAAUAAGCUUAAGAAAGAAUUAGCAGAGUAUUUCAGAUAUAAGAAAUUAUGGGGCUUUCGAGUUAAUGGCAAACUUUUUUUUGCUCUAAAUGUCGAGGGAUCAAGCAGCGAUGACAAUGGCGCAAGUAGCAGCAGCACCCUGUCCCUUGUAUUAUCUUUGUGGAUUUCAUUUGCUUGCAGCAUAUAA